AUCAAUUACCUAAAGUUGCAAUGUGUUGGAGGUGUUAGUUGUUACUCAAAAGGCUCUGUAAAUAAAUAAUAAUAAGCACGGGUAAACUACUUUGGCUAUGAGUAUCGAGCAUGUGUUCCAACUUUGCUUAUCUCAAGUUGUACUUGCAGGUUCAACUAACAACGUUCUUUCCCACACCGUCCAGAAAUCGAUAUCACUUUGCUUUCAGACAACGUCGAACACCAACUUUGAACAAAAAAAUCCUCGCAAUGAUUUAAUUUGAAGCUUAGUGAUUUCUGGAAUAGGAUAAAUGACAACAUCUCAAUUCACUCCAGCUGUUUUUAAUCUAUGGCGAGCCGAACCCUGGGCACGGGCGUCUCAUGUCAUUGAAAUGACGUGAAAACGUUGAUUAAACCAGUGUGCCCAGUGGGAACUGAUAUAACAAUAUAGCCUUGACAUGCUUUUGCAUUACGCAUUUGGAUAAGAUACAUUUGGAAGAAGUUGUUGGGUCUAUAUGGGUGAAUUAGCCAGCAUGUUAACUGACGGUGGUUCAGUAAGGGAUACCUCAGGUCCGCACAUGCAGACGGUUGCAUGGAGAGGGCUCGUCACCUUGCCGUGCAUGCGUCAUUAAUGGGAUAUCAUUGCCGGUGGGUGAGCUCUGAGAAGAGAUAAAAUAGGUCCGUGUGGACGAAGAGGAUUUCAUCACAAGUGACCAGGGAUCUUGACAGUCACACAGCAGAGAGUAACCAUGCCGAGGUCAUUUUUGGUGAAGAGUAAACGAGCACAUAGCUACCACCAACCACGAUACCUGGAUGAUGACUACAUUAGAAUGGAUACUAUUUUAGCCCAUAUAUGCGCAGAAAGCAAAUUGCAGGUUGAGUUUGAGGGGAACUGUGACGCGCAGGUUGCACCUAACCUCUCCCCCGAAUCCCGUCUGGUGCACACGGCUGACCACUCGCCCAUCUACCCGCUGAGCUGCGAGGGCAGCGUGUGCGACCGCUUCUCGGACUAUGACGACUACUGGCGCCCUCCAUCUCCAUCUGCAUCACCAGAUUCGGAACAAUGCUUCACUCCGUCAGCAGACGACGCUCACCCUUUCGCCAUUCCAUUUCGCCCUUACCCAUGGAUUGCCUACUCUGGCUCCGAGCUCCGGCACCUUGUGCAGCGAACAUAUCAACACAAUCUCCCCACAACCCUGGAGCCCGACAUACAGAUGGGCCUCUAUGGAUCCGAGGAUGGUGCCACCAACUCCCUCAUUUACGCACAGAGGGGCCCAAACACUGGAUUUUAUAGGGACUUUGGGUCGACGGUGUUCCCUACCUAUAGAAUGCGGGACGCCGACCAGUUAUAUUCGGACAUCAAGCUGAAGACCAAGGCCUCUGAAAUCAAGUCUGAAUCCGAUCUCAUCUGUUCCCGUAUAGAACCAAGUGGAUCGUACAAAUGCAUCAAGUGUUGCAAGGUAUUCUCGACGCCGCACGGGUUAGAGGUUCACGUUCGUCGGUCGCAUAGCGGUACUCGCCCCUUUGCCUGUGGAUUGUGUGGGAAAACGUUUGGGCAUGCAGUGAGCCUCGAACAACACAAGGGUGUUCACUCACAGGAGAGGAGCUUCAACUGUAAAAUAUGUGACAAAAGCUUCAAGCGCUCGUCCACGCUGUCCACGCACUUGCUUAUCCACUCGGACACGCGGCCCUACCCUUGUCAGUACUGCGGGAAGAGAUUCCAUCAGAAGUCCGACAUGAAGAAACACACCUUUAUCCAUACAGGUGAGAAGCCGCACAAGUGCCAGGUAUGCGGGAAGGCCUUCAGUCAGAGCUCCAACCUCAUCACGCACAGCCGCAAGCACACAGGCUUCAAACCUUUCGGCUGCGGCCUCUGCGGCAAAGGAUUCCAAAGGAAAGUGGAUAUGAGGAGGCACAAGGAAACACAACAUGGAUUGAAAUGAAAAACUGUCAACACCGAAAAACUGUGCUGGAGAAUUGUAUUCUUUUAAUACAUGUAGCGUAAAUAUGUCCCUUUCAAAAUACGUUUAUGUUAUUCUAUCAUUGCUUGGCUAUAUUAUGCCUAAUUGUUUUCCUUCUUGAAUUCUUGUUUUGAAAAUUAAACAUGUAUUUAUUAAAUAGGCCUAUAGAUUUUCAUUAGCUACAGGCCAAAUUCUGAAUAGCGUUUCACACAACAAAAUACAGGAUUUAAAAGUUUUGGUUGUGAUCCACAAGGAUUGUAUUUGCGCAUAAUUCGUUUUAGCCUAGCCUAUUUGUUUUCUUCUCGAGAAGAAACCGGCUGGUUAAAUGCUAUAGCUUAGUAGGCUAUUUAUCGGAACAUUUUAAUAUUAAUGCCUGUUUAAUUAAUUAACGCCUUUAAUUAUCCAACACAGUCGCUUUAUAAUCUGCUGUGUAUACCGAAUCCAUGAGUUGAUGAAUUUAUGCUCUUUUGUCUGAAUAUACAUUUUAAAUGUU